AUGGCGAUCACCGGUGAGAACAGCUGCGGUGAUGAUGACGACGAUGCACUUUACGCCGCCACCGAGAUGCUGGAGGCCAGAACGGGACUAGAUUUUCUAGUUUCCGCGCUCUCCCAUGAAAAAGAGAAGCCAGGUCCCGUCGCCUCAGUAGCAAACACUGGUGAAGCGUCUGGCCUCUGCCGCGGAGACGAUCGUCCCCAGCCCGCGCAUACUGCUAAGCCGGCCGUGCCGUCAGCAGCCGGACCGAGCGUCCGCUUGCCAUCUCGUGACGGUGGCAAGUGUGGCAAGAGUGGGCACGGUGCAACCGAUCUUCAGACCCAAGCCUUCAAGCGGCAUGCCGCGACGAACAAGCACCAGAUGGCCAUCAAUCACCAGAAGCAGAUGCUAGCUCAGGCUGGGAAGCAGCCGCGAAUUGACGAGCAUACGCUCGCCAAAGAUGACGAGACGACCCGCGUCAUCAGCCUUCUGAACUCCCUUCACUUCACCACCCAGAACCAUCUGCCGAUGGAGACGUGGAUGCGCCUCGUUCGCUACAUGGCUCAGAACGAGGUCCGCGGCUUUCCCAAAAAGGGAUACGGCACUUACUACACCACGGAAGCACUCGCGGCCAAGGACGCGGCAGAGUCCCUACCGGAGUUUGGCAUGGUCGACAGCUUCAUCCGCUGGCUCUCCACCUACCUCGGCUCAUCAGGACCCUGGCACCAGCGCUUCCUGGACCUUCAGGAAGUCUUCACUCAGACUAACCUGGAGCUCCAAGGAAUCAAUGAUGUGCGUUGGCUCUCACGCGGCGAUGCAGUCUGCCGACUUCUUGCAGUCCUUCCGGGGGUCGUCGUGAUGGUGCACGAGCUGGGAAACAAGCCCAUGUACCAGAUGGUGACCAGCUACAGAUUCCAGUUCAUGCUGCGCUUCCUCGCUGACGUGCUGGAACAGCUGAACGUGCUCAGCAAGACGUUCCAGCAUCGACAGAUUGACCUGCUGGCGAUUCAAGGCCAGAUCCGUCGCACGACAACCCACAUCAACAGCCGUUAUGUGGAUUGUGGCGACGACUUCGGCGGCGGCCUGAGCGAGAAGCUGUCGCCCUUCAUUGCACGACAUGGACCGAAUGGGGUGCGGAGAGUGGAGGUCGAGUGGGUUGACUCCGACGGCCGGCCCACUUCUCACUGCUACGUGCUGCAUGAUUCCCCCCUUGAAGGCUACCCCAUUGCAGGGACCCAUGAGCGAUGCGUGGAGCAGUGCACGGCGAUGGCGGAGGCGCUCGUGCAUAACCUGGAUGAGCGAUUGGGUUCACUCGACAAGCUGAGCGGUGUAAAGCUGUUCAUGCCCGACGAGUGGCCCCAUGGACGGCAGGAGCGUUCCAUGCCCGACUGGGCGGAGGUGGUGAAGAUCUGGAGGGCGUACAAGAAGCGCAAGCCCAUCACAACAGUGGCAGCACCAAAGAAGCAACCUAGUGCUAAGGGGAAAGAGAAGGUGGACGAGGAUGAUGCUGGUGGUGCUGGCUCUGGGUGGGGGACAGAGACCCCCGUGCACAGGCACGGUUCUAUGAGCGAUGGUGGUGGUAGUGACGAAGAUGAAGACAUGUGUGUGAUGUGA